AAAAGAAUGAAGCAACGGAGACACGGAGUAAAGCUAGGCAGCAAUCCGCAUCCCCUGACCGCCGAAUCGACAAAGCCGUUCAAUCGCUGCCGAGUCGCCGGCCACUUCAGGUCCCAAGCGACGUCCAGCAGUCCUUGUAGCCGUGUAGUCGGUGUAGGUCCGCCACUCGCCACUCGCCACCGCACGUCCGCACCUGGCAAUCCGGCACCUCCGCACCACGACUGGCUGACUGCGCCUCCAGGGUCUCCAUUUUCUCAAGACCGACCUUGCAGAGAGAGGGUUUAGAACAGAACAAUGGGGAAAAUAUCAUAUAUGAAGCUCAAGGGGAGCCAGAAUCUAAGACUACGACUGCUGCUGUCCACGCUCUCCUCAACUCCGAUUCUCAUCGAGGACAUACGCGCUGAUGCCACAUGGCCUGGACUCCGCCAACAUGAAGUGUCCUUCCUCCGCCUCCUCGAGAAAGUCUGUGAUGACUGCAAGGUUGAAAUAAAUGAAACUGGCACAAAGUUGAGGUACAGACCGGGGAUAGUGAUGGGUGGCAAGAAUUUAACUCAUGAUUGUGGUGUUAGUCGUUCCAUUGGAUACUUUAUGGAGCCGCUGAUUGUUCUUGGCUUGUUUGGAAAGAAGCCUCUUUGUAUAAGGCUUAAAGGGAUAACAAAUGACCCUAAGGAUCCAUCUGUUGAUACCUUUAGAUCAACUACCUUGCCUAUUUUGAAGCAGUUUGGAGUUCCUUCAGAAGGAUUGGGACUGAAAGUGGAAAGCAGAGGAGUUGCUCCUAAUGGGGGUGGAGAAGUAAUUUUGUCAGUCCCCAUUGUUCAGGACAGUUUAAAAGCAGUCAUAUGGACUGAUGAGGGAUUGGUGAAGAGAAUACGAGGUGUUUCCUUUUCUGCCAGAGUGUCUGUGCAGUUCGAAAAUACCAUGAUACAUGCAGCUCGCGGUGUAUUGAAUCCGCUACUUGCUGACAUUCAUAUAUUCACCGACCAUAAAGCUGGUCCACAGGCUGGAGGGUCACCUGGCUAUGGUAUUUCUCUUGUUGCAGAAACCACUGCUGGUUGCUUCAUCUCAGCUGACACUGCAGUAUCUUAUGCAAGAGGUGAAGAAGAUACUGACAUCGGAGAUUAUAAAGAUAGCCCUGAGUUAACCCCUCCUGUGGAUGUUGGCGAGCAAAUUGCUUCUGCGCUACUGAAUGAGAUUGAACAAGGAGGUGUAGUAGAUUCCACGCACCAGGGUCUGCUGUUUCUUCUUUGUGCCAUGUGCCCACAAGAUGUUUCUAAAGUUCGUGUUGGUAAACUUUCGCCUUAUGCAAUAGAGGCUUUGCGGCACAUCAAAGAUUUCUUGGGGGUUAAAUUUGUUAUUAACCCUGAUUCAGCAUCUGGGACUGUCAUACUUAAGUGUGUUGGAUCUGGAUUGAAGAAUAUCUCUAGGAAGUUAUCGUGAUGACCAAUACCAUUCAUCCAUGCUCAAAUGAUUUUGUAUUCCUGAAAAACGAAGGCACUAUUGUGAAGGCCAGACUAGGCUUCAAUGUGUAAGAGUAUCCAAUUUUGUAGCAUUGCAUAUUUGCAUAGUCCUAGCUACGUUUUAAAGUCAAGCCAAUGAUAUUAUUCCCUUUUUUCAGUCUCAAAUUUGACUUGCGUGUUAAUUAAUCAUCUCUGUGGACAAGAAUUUAUUUCAUUUUCUGGCUCAGUAAAAAGCUGUAAUGUUCUUUUUCAGCAUUAAUUAUCGCAAGUAUUGUAAAACAAAAACUUAUUUUACCAAGUUUUUGUACUAUGCGAUAAAAAGCAAAUAAUCAUAUAUGCUAAAUGGUGUUAUUGCCUCCGAAAUGAUAAUGUACGACCUUUGUCAUGGAUUGAAAUUUUCGUGUAGAUUGCGU